CUCGGGGCGGGCCCGGCCCCAGAGGCUCGGUGCUGCCCGGUCCCAGAGACUCCCGGCCGGUCGGCGGCAUGGACUGCGGCGUGAUCACCUCCAAGAGCGUGUUGCUGCUGCUCAGCCUCGCCUUCUGGGCGGCGGCGGCUGGUCUCAGCUAUGUCGGGGGCUACGUCAUGAACACCUACAGGAGCUACGACAACUUCCUGCAGGACAAGCACGCUCUGCUGCCAGCCGUGAUCAUCCUUUGCGUCGCUGCGGUGAUGUUCAUCAUCGGGCUGCUCGGCUGCUGCGCCACCUUCCGCGAGUCUCGGGUUGGCCUGGGGCUGUUCUUGGCCAUUAUCCUCAUUAUCUUCAUCGCAGAAGUAUCCGCUUUUGUCCUGGCAUUUGUUUACAGGGAAAAGGUAAAAACUGACGUCCAAGGCACAAUGCGUUCAGUCUUCGAGAAGUAUGACGGGAAAAACUCAGAGUCUGCUGUGGUGGAUUACUUGCAAGAAAACCUUCACUGCUGUGGGGUAAAGAACUACAGCGACUGGACAAGCACGCAGUGGUUUAAUUCCACUGGGAAUAACAGCGUCCCCCUGAGCUGCUGCAAGCAAAACCUGAAGAACUGCACGGGGAGUCUGGAUCAGCCGCAGGAACUCAACACGCAGGUGAGGAUAAAGGGCGUAGUCGCUCAUUUCCACGUCCCACUGGCCCCCAAACCUUCUCUGUGUUUAAGCAACAGUGGUUGCUUAAGCAGGUCAUCCGACGUCCUGCUGCCUUCUAAGGGUCAGGGAGAAAAACCCUGUCCAGCUGAAUUGCCUUUGAUUUGUUUUCGUUCUUCUCUUUCAUGCCAGGGCUGUUCAGGGGAGCUGGAGUCUGGGCUGCAGAGCGUCAUCAGCUAUGCUAUGCUGGUAAUCCUGGGCUUUGCCAUCGUAAAGUUCUUUGGCAUGCUGAGUGUCUGCGUGCUUACUUGCAAGCGAGAAGACAGCGGAUACCAGCCUCUUUACUCAGGGGUGUUCGCUUAAUAAAAUGCACAGAUCACUCUUCUUUUGCUUCCUGAUGAUAAAAUAGAUUUGUAAAGAUGAACGCUAAAGGACAAUUCAUGACCCUGUUAACUGUUUUACUUUAUUUACAUGAAACGGAAAGAACGCUUUGUACUGAUUAGGAAAAGUUUUCUUGUGGGCGACUUGAAAUGGCAAUUCCGAUAUUCAUUACCCUGCAGUAACUUAACCCUGGUCGUACAUACCACGGCUUUCUGUAAGGUUAUUGUGGAUUUGGAUUUGUGACUUUUUCUAGGUAGCAACAGAUGGCGUAAUAGGCUCCAGAAAGAAGCCUACUUCUGCAGUUCUUUCCUGUACCCUCAAAACAAGCAGGAGAAAUGUUAUUUUUAAUCACUAAACUGACUGAGACUGCAGGAGCGGAUUCAGUUGCCUGCACAAACAUCAGAUCGUUCCCAUGAUGUGCUUAAACAGCGUAAGAAACUUCUGAAUGCAAGGUUCAAAUAUUCUUCAUAAGCAUGGGGAGAUGGAAUAUGUUUUCUCUGUAUCUGAUGGUGGUUCAUGUUUUUCUCCUUGUAAUGGUCAUAUGUCGAAAUUCAGUUUACUGCAGGGGUUGUUAGAUAAGACAAACCCUGUGAAGUCUAGAAGAGAAAUCUGAGUUGUCUGUUGAAGCAGCUAGCAAAUGUGAACAACCCCAGGCCAGGAGGGGAUGCGUGUUUGGGACGUCUCUUUUGGUUCAUUUUGUCUUUUUGUUUUUAAUUUGACAUUAAAAUUUGCUUAUGAAGCA